UAUCAAGUAAGCCUGCUCGAGUCGGCUGAGCUAUAUAAAAUGUGUUCAUUAAGAAAGCAAAACGGCAGCAGGAACAAUUCAGGCCAAAGCAAUUGCAUUAUUGAGCUGCUACAAACUAAGAAAGAUACAGCGAGUAACUCAAAACUUGGAAAAAUGUUGGGCAGACAGGGCCUCAUAUUGGAUGCACUAAAGCAUAAGAUACAAGUGGCCAAGAAUGAUCUGGAACGCUACCGGGAGGAGUAUACCCACUGCCAGACAAUGCUGCAACGUGAGCUAGAGCGUCGCAGCCAAUUGGAGGAGAGCUACAUGGACCUGCAGCGUCGCAAUGUCGAACUGGAGGAUGAGCUACAGCUGGCCCUGACGCACGUGGCCCAUCAUCAGGCGACGGUGCGCGAAGCACGCGGCGCGCUCAAUGAGAGCGAUCGCCUGCGCAAGGCACUGGAGCAUCGCGACCAGCUGCAAUCCGAAAAGAUCGAGCUGCUUGUCUGGGAGCUGGCCAAGCUGAAGCGUCAGGCCAAGGAAGCCGAUCGCACCGCCCAGUACAGCGGCCAGCGGGCCGAUCAGCUCUGCGAACGUCUCACGCACAGCGAGCAGCAGCUAGAGGCCAGCCGCACCAGCCAUGCCGUGCUCCAGGCGGAACUGGAUGCCGCCGCCCAAAAUCUGCACUGCGUGGAGCGCGCGUUUGAGCGCUCUGCUCAGCAGGUGCAAAGCUUUGACCGGCAGGUGGCCAAGCUGAAGCAGCGCCUGCUCGAGAGUGAGAAGCGCGCCCAUCAGGCCGAGCUGAAUGCCCACCAGCUGCAGCAGUCCUCUGCCAAUCUUGAGAAGCGGCUCGAGGAGCGUGUCGAGCAGCGCUGGCUCAAGAAGCUGCACAAACUGGACCUGCAGCUCGUUGCCAGAGAAUAAAUUCUCCCAAUCUCUCAUUCCAAAUUCUACAAGUUUAGCUUAGCAGCCCAUCUAGCAUGUCGUUUAAAUAUUAUGUACUAGUCUAUUUAGGUUUAACGAAAAUUACAGCAAAAAAAAAAGGAAAAAAAAAACACCGGAGAAGAAUUAACUUCGGCAUGCCGAAAUUUUAAUACGCUGGCGGAGACUUAUAUAUUUAUUAUACCAAACAAAUCGUAUGAAAUGUGAACGAUAUAGUAUUCCCUACUAUUUUCAACUUUCUGUCAAUCAGUAAAUAAAAAAAAA